AUGGAUCGAUUUGAGUCGCUAAUCAAUCUUUUUGAUUAUUUUCAUUAUCCUACACAGAAAUCAAAGGAGUAUAGUAAAUACCGACAAGAAUUAACUAAUAAGUAUGGGAAUAUAACAACAGUGAUUCUUGUGGUCUUCUUGAUUGCAAUUCCGAUCCUGAAGCUUUUGACUGUUAAAGGAUAUACUUUUUCGAAGAUCAAAGUCUUCAAGAAGACUAAUCUGGGGUUAAACAAGUGGAUUGAACGAGAUGAAGAUGAAAGCUACAGAUUGAAUAAAUUAAAGAGAUUUAUAGCCCGUAAGUUGAAGGGAUUGAUAUAUAAAAUAUACUACCACGCUACAGCUAUUUUAUUAAUUGUGUUCUGGGGAUCAUUAUUAGCACUUCUUUCGUUAAACGAAUCCAAUAAAGGUGAUUUGAUUGUUCUUGCUAAAAGAUUGGGAAAGAUCAUUACUGUUACGUUGCCGACUAUAUUCUUUUUAACGCUUCGCCCUUCUCCAUUACCGAAUACCUUGUAUUUGGCGUUAUUGCCAAUUCACAAGUGGUUAUCCAGAUUAAUCAUUGUACAAGGAGUUUUGCAUACGGUAAUUUAUUGUGGAUACUUUCAAGUUAAAAACUCAUGGAAAAAGGCCCUUAAGUAUGAGAAUUUGUAUGGAUGGGGUGCCCUCUGUGGAUUUUUAAUUAUUAUGGUGACAUCGUUUCUGAAAUUUAGGACCAAAUAUUAUCGGUUCUUUUUCUUCCAGCAUUAUGUCUGGUCAUGGAUCAUAGUGAUAUGUAUACAGUAUCACGCAAGGCCUGUCAAGGCCACUCCUUAUACUGUUGCUAACAUUUGUAUAUUGGUAGGCCAAAUCAUCUAUAGAUUAAUGCUUACAGAUGUGACUAUAAAUGAUACCGACAUGAAGGUAACCAAUAUGUCUUCAAACUUGGCGUUAGUUGAAUUUCCUAACCAUUUGAUCAAGUGUAAAUCGAUAAGUCCAGGUGCACAUAUUAGAUUGGCUGAACAUGGAUCUUCCUGGAUUGUGAGAGCCUAUAGACAAAUUAUUCCAAACUAUCAUCCAUACACAUUAGUAUCAUUACCUCUGGAUAAUUACCAAAAGUUGAUAGUGCGUAGGGGUAACUUCAAAAUCCAAAACAGACACAAAUACUUGAUUUGUGGUUCCUAUGAUCCUAAUUUGUUGUUUUUAAGUUCAAAAAAUACAGCUAAAGGUAGUUUCAGUAUAUCUAAAUUGAGAGUUAGUGCUAAGAGAAUAUUGAUUAUAGUAGGAGGCUCAGCUAUAUCGUUUGCAUUACCCAUUUUGAGAGUUAUGAAUUAUCAUGGUGUGCCAAUUAAGAUUGUAUGGGUCAUCAAAGAUUUUAGAGAUAUCACUAUUUUAAAGCAUUUUGAUGGGUUCAUUCACGAAGAUGAUUUUGAAAUCUUUGUCACAGGGAGCUCGGAUAUAGGUGAAGACUCAAUCAUGAAGAGAUAUGAUUCUAUAAAUGAUAUGUCAAGUUAUGGAACUUCGAAUACGAGUCAUUUGUAUGAUCUUGAAAGUGAGAAUCUGCCAUUACUAGGAGAGGAAAGCAAACAUGAUGGCUUUACGGGAGGCGAAAACGAAGAUGUUGAAAUCUCCAUUGAUAAUGAAGAAGACGAAGACGACGAUGAAUGUGCCGUAGAUCUUACAAUGAGAGAACAUUUCCUAGAUACCAUUCCUAAUGGUGAUAACGAUAGCAAUAACGAAGAAAUAGAAUAUUUUAUGGACGGAGAAUACGAAAGCCAAGAUCAAAGUCUCCUCUUACCUUCUAGUGGAAGCAAACCAAACGUCACCAGAAAGAAUAGCAUACAGCGCUCACGCAAGCCAAGUAUCUCCCUCUCGAGAAAGACAAGUGUAUCCACAACGAAUGAAAUAUUUUUCCCUUCGUUAAACUCAAAUGCAACAGAAGCUGCAAAAAAUUAUUUACAACAAUUCAAAGAUACGGUGAAGAGGUUGAAAAUUGAGCAUAGAAUAUAUAAGGGCAGACCUCGGAUUAACUACAAAUAUUACAAUUGGUGCAUAAAUGAAGGAUUCACACAAUGCUCGGGCCCUGUAGAUGAUGGAUCACACAACUUCGUAUGUUGUCGUGAUUUGAUCAAGGACAAAGGCAACAAGGUUGAUUCGAAUAAAGUUUGGGUCAUUACGGCAGGACCUGCGGGUUUGGUUAAAAACGUUAAGUUAUGGGCUAAUGAAAAUGGAUUGAAUUUCCACGAAGAAUCGUUUUAUGUUUAG